AUGGCUUCUAAAACCUCGGGGUUGGAAUUGCAGGAUACCGAGCUUCAACUUAUGGAUCGCGAUGUCACAGGCUCCAAACUUGGAACGGUUGUUGACGACCAUGAUAUGCAGCGUAUGGGAAAAGCCCAGGAGCUCAAGAGAAAUCUGCGCCCUGUAGCUGCUUUGAGUUUUGCAUCGGUAUUGCAAGCGACGUGGGAGUUUGUUCUCAUUUCUAACUAUGAAGGGUUAUACAACGGAGGUUUGCCAGGUCUGUUCUACUCUUAUCUAUGGACAUUCAUUGGAUUUGGGUUCAUUAUUGCCUCCAUUUCUGAAAUGGCCUCUAUGGCACCCACAUCUGGCGGACAGUACCAUUGGGUCUCUGAGUGGUCUUCUCCCCGGUAUCAAAAGUUUCUCAGUUAUAUCACAGGCUGGAUGUCGGUACUAGCCUGGCAAGCUGGAGCAGCUUCCGGCUCGUUUCUCACUGGCACUAUCAUCCAGGGACUAAUCAGCGUGCGAAACCCGGAUUAUGAGCCCCAAAACUGGCAAGGCACGCUAUUCGUCUUUGCCAUGGUAUUGCUGAUCUACAUCUUCAAUGUAUACGCAUCCGAUAUGAUGCCGAUCCUGAACAACCUCUUGAUGAUUCUCCACGUUUUGUCGUGGACAGUCAUUCUGAUCGUUCUCUGGACCUUGGCCCCUCACCAAUCUGCCGAAGCGGUCUUUGUUACGCACUGGAAGAAUCUCGGAGGAUGGUCUACGAUGGGAAUAAGUGUGAUGAUCGGACAAAUAUCGGCCAUCUACGGGUCCUUGAGCUCCGAUGCAACCGCCCACAUGUCGGAGGAGGUCAAGGAUGCAGCUCGAAAUGUGCCUAUUGCUAUUGCCUGGGGCUACUUUAGCAACGGUAUCAUGGCUAUUGUUUUGAUCAUCACGUAUCUCUUUGCCACGCCAUCGGUGGAAGACUCCCUAAAUGACCCCACGGGAUUUCCGUUCCUCUACGUCUUUCAGAAAGCCACCUCUACAGCAGGGGUAAACGGACUCACAGCAAUCAUCCUAAUACCCGUAAUCUUCAGCAACAUUCUCUUCAACGCCUCGACCUCCCGGCAAACCUUUGCGUUCGCGCGAGACAAGGGACUCCCAUUUGCCAAGUGGAUUGGCAAAGUCGACACAGACCGGAAGAUCCCCGUCAACGCCAUUGGGCUCUCUUGUAUCAUCAGCUGCGCGUUGUCCCUCAUCAACAUCGGCUCCGAGACCGCGUUCAACGCUAUCAUUUCUCUCAACGUCGCCGCUCUGAUGUAUACCUACAUCAUCUCGAUUAGCUGCGUGAUCUAUCGCAAAAUCUGGCACCCUAAUACUCUUCCACCUCGACGAUGGGAUAUGGGUCGAUGGGGAUUGUCUGUCAAUAUCAUUGGACUGCUGUAUUGCUGCUUCGCGCUCUUUUGGUCCUUGUGGCCCAGUGAUGUCCAUAUCACAUUGGAAAACUUCAACUGGAGUGUGGUCAUCUUCCUGGGAGUUUUCUUUAUCAGCCUUGGGAUGUAUUUCGUGAAAGGGCGGAGAGAGUACGUUGGUCCAUCGGUGAUUGUGCAGAAAGAUUGA